CUUAAUCCAAUUUAAAUGCUGCUCCUAUUCACCUCAAAAGGACUAAUUAUUUGUUCUUUAAAUGCAGUUGCUUUGAAGCGUUUCAAGUAAAAGAGAUGAAAUACGCCGUUGUUGUCUUGUGUUUGGUUGUAGCUUCUGCUGCAGCUUUACCUGCCCGACCUUCUCGAUCAUCUGCUCUUGAUUUAUUCAAGGAUUUAGAAGACAUCAUCCAAGAAGAUGUAAAGAUUUUCUUCGGAAAACUCGUAAAUGUUAUCCAUCAUGUGGAAGAACCUUUAACUCAUUUAAAAGAAAUUGUUCCUGAAGUAAAUAAGGAACUACAUGAAAGAAUUGAUGAGCUACUAGCUGGACUUAAGAGGUUGGCCGAGAAAAUUCAAGAGCUCAUUAGGAAGCAAAGUGUUUUCUAUGGUUUUGAUCUUUUGGACAAUCUGACUGAUCUUACUGGAGGCACCAAGUUGGGCACGGUAUUGCAGCUUAUGAGCCUGGCUGAUAAAACUCAUAAAGUAAUCAACGAUGCUAAAGAGUUUGUUCCUCAUCUUAAAACCACUUUGGAGAAAAUGGAAUCUCGUCUGGAAGCUCAUGUGACCGAUUUUGCAACUCAUGUAUUAAAGGAACUUGGUCUUCAGAACACGUUAUCUCAAAGCGUAGUGAAGAAAAUUGAAGAUCUAUUCGAAAAAGUUGAAGAAGAAGCUCACGUUUUACUUCUUGAUCUCUUGCAUAAGAUGGAGCAGACAUUUGAAGUAUUAAAGGAAAAGCUUCCCGAAGAGUACCAGAAAGUCAAAGAAGCUGUCAAAGAAGUUCAGUCCAAAAUUCAUGAGCUCGUUGAGGAAAUUGAACAGACUCUUGUCUUUCGAAGCUUCGACUUAUUGGACAUUGCUGGUAACGUAAGUGGAGGAACAUCUCUUGGCACAGUCUUCAAGGUAAUGAGUUUGAUUAAUAAAUUUAACACCGUUGUUCAAGACGUUAAAAACUUUGGCCCAAGAGCUGAAGUUGUGCUCCAACAUAGCGUUAAGAAAGUGGCUGACAGCGCUCAAGAUUUCUUCUCUCAUGCAGCUGACAAACUGGUGAAAAUAUGAAAAUAUAAGUUAUAUUUUCAAAAAGACAUGAAAAUGAUUUUGAAAAGGAAAUACAGCAUACUCUAUGAAAACUAUUGUGAAUAAAAUUACUAUGAUUUAA